CGGCGCGGUGCGCGGGACCUGGGUGGAAGGGAUUGCAAAGUAAGGAGCACCUUGAAUGUGUGGAGGCGGAAUUACCGCGGCUAACGAAAGAAAGACAAGUAGGUUAGUCUGUCUACCGACUCGAGCAGGACCCUCGCACUUUAGUCGCCAAAGGACUCACGCCUCGCGGUCCGCUCGCAUGUGCACCAGCAUGACUCCGGCAAAAGGCUUGUGUGCUCUGGGCCUUUUGUUGGCCGUCCUCGUAUGCGGCCCGCAGCCAGCGGAGAGCAGCCCCCAGUGCGAGCACUACGGUGGUUGCCGCGGCAGCUACCCCUUCCUGCCAGCCCCGCCGGGGAAAGUGCCGUCGUGCGCCAAACCUGGCUCAACAUCGUGCGACGCCAUCGAGCACUAUCCAGUACAACUCAUUCGUUACUUGAUUGAAAAAUGGGGUUACGAUUUCAAUACCCUGCUCAGCGACGAGAGCAGAGACGAAUUCUUCACUAGAUGGAGUCCAAAGCCCUACUCGCCACCGUCCUACAGCUACGGUCCACCCACUUCGUCGUACAACAAAGUGGUCCCUGUCUACUACCCGCAAGCAGUCAGAAAUUACACUGCCAACGCCAACGCCGGUGGUGGCUACCCGAACGCGAGGCGUUACAAGGCUCCGGCUCCGCCCGCCUCCACCCCGUACUACCCUUCCUCCUACUUCAGCUCCCUGCUGCCCAACAACCAGUAUGCACCGUCAGACAACUGGUGGAACAGAUACUCGCGGUCUGUGGCGACCAAGCAACAGCAGCAAAAGAGAAGUAAGAGGCAGGCUCCAGCGCCAAACGGGGCGACCCAGUUGUGUCCCACCACUUCAUCCUACAUCAUGCCGAGGGCGGCCCUCAACAACAGGGGUAACUGGAUGUACGUGGUAAAUAUCAACGAGGUCGAUGACAGAUACACUCAGCUGGUGAAGAGUGAAACUUGCGCGUCAAACCAAUGCAACGGACUGUGCACAAUCCCGAACGGCUACACCUCAAGCUGCCAACAGCAGUACGUGCAGAAAAGGUUGGUCGCACUCGAAGGUUCAGGCGACCGUCUCUACUCGGAUGUCUUCUGGUUUCCUCACUGCUGCAUUUGUCAAAUUGUACCCACAAAUAAUUGAGAGGAUCAAAGCAAAUAAUGAGAUGCUAAAAUAAGAAUUCGAGGUGUUCUUAUGAUGUAAUUAAUUUUUAAGUUGCGAAUAGGGCUGUAGAUUUCAUAUCAGUUACUUUUAAAAAGCGUGGGUUGUAAUUUUUGAUGAAAUAUUUAUUGGAUGGUUAAAAAUUUUAUCUGGGUUUUAUUCGCUGAUAAAAAAAUUAAAAUAAUAAUAGAAUAUCUUUCAGUGUAAGCUAGUUAGGCUUACAUUUAGUUAUGAUCUGUUCAAAAUAAUUGUUGUAUUGCAAUAAAUUUGCUGCACAAAGUUUUAUAA